GUAGGACACACCAUACGAUUCUGCCAGCAGCGGCGGGAUGAUGAGCUAGCAGGGCUAAUCUCCUCCUGUAUGGACGGAGAUAUAUUUGAUAAAUGGGGAAAGCAUAUUGACCCCAAGGUCCCGGGAGGGAUCAAGCAAAAGGUCCUCAGGCGAGCGGCGGCAGGGCCACCGGUAACCCCAGCCAUGUUCAGGAUGUGGCAGGAAAGAGAACAUCCGGCCAUAAGGGUCGAGGAGAUUGUGGGGGAUAGCGCGGAGGUUACUCAGCGACUAAAGGCAGGGACUAUGAAGGAGGAGCCAACAGUCGUCGAGUUUGAUGACGAAGGGCAGGAGGGCGAAAGGCAGCCGGUCAUAGUCAUCCUGGAGAAGGUGGAGGAUCUGCUGGAAAAGGUGGGGAGGUACCAGCAGAGGUUGCAUACCCUGUGUGAAGAGGCCCUAAGAUGUGAAGCCAACCUGUCGGAGGUCUUCCUUUAUGACUCUGGACCUGAGCCUUCGUCAGGACAACAGGGGUACCCAAGAGUUGCGACCGUGGAUUUGGUGAUAAAGAACCAGAAGUGCACUGGGAUGGUGGACACGGGCGCAGAGAUGAACAUCAUCAGGGAAAAGGAGGCAGUGAUGCUGGGUAUGGAGAUCGACCGCUCGGACUAUGGCAUGUUGCACAGCGCCAAUUGUAAGGCUGCCUUUUGCGGCACGACGUCCAAUGUGAUUAUAAAGAUUGGGAAGGUGCGGGCUAGAACUUGCUUCUUCGUCAUGCCCAAUGUCGGUCAUUCCAUCCUUCUGGGGAGGUCGUUCUUAUGUAGAACUGAGAUGCUAAUCUUCAACAAGCACGACGGGACAAUGAUCCUGCUCCUAUGUGACCUAGCGUGUGAGAACUAUGAGGUUAUCACUUGCCGAAACACGGGGCCGGGCAGUGGAAUGAAUAGGCCUAAUCUCGGCUCGUUUACCUUUGAGGAAUUGGAGAACGAGCGUCGGAGGCUUUGGGAAGUGCUCGAGGAGAAAGAUAGGGAUGAGGUGCUGACACUGAGCCUCACAGAUGUGAACAAGGCCAUGGAGGUGGUGUCGGCACAUGACAUGGCGGAUCCGGAGGCCAUCAAGGCAUUGAGGGAGCAGGUUUCGGAGAACCCUCAGAUCGAUAUCAUAGCAGCCCUACACGAUGGUAUAGCAGGGGGGCACAGAGGGAUAGGUGCCACGUGCGCCAAGAUAAGCGAGCUGUACCAUUGGGAUGGGAUGCUGACUAUGGUCAUCAAGAAGUACUGCCAGUCUUGUGUACCUUGCCAGGAGAGGUUAGCGCAAAGGCCAAGAGAGCCCCUGCACCCGAGGUUGGAGAGGGAAGUGGGUGCGGUCGUACACAUGGACCUGUUGUUCAUGCCAACUGGGGAAAAUGGGUGUAAUUACAUCUUCGAUGCACGGGAUAACCUUACCGGGUUUGUGGACGGUCGGGCUAUUCAGACGAAGACUGACCCAGUUUUGGCAAAUUGCAUCGAGGAGUAUUAUCUGCGUUAUCCCUUUGUCAAAGAGUUUGUGAUGGACCGGGGAUCGGAAUUCACCUGCAAUGAGGUGCGAACCUUGCUUGCGGGGUAUGGCGUAAUGGCUAACUAUACUACGGCCGCGCAUCCUCAAGCGAAUGCACCUGUGGAGAGGGGACACAGUACCACCACAAACCUUUUGGCUAAGUGGACGGAGGGCAAGCCUGGACAGUGGCCGAAGUUCCUGCGAGCGGCUUUCUCGUCUGACUUUUCAAAGACAGCCAUGCAGAGGGGCGGGAGGGGCGCACGGCCACGACAGAGGCCUCUGGGAGCAUCAGGAGGGGAUGACUCGCAUAGACCAUCUGGGAGAGAGUCCACGCCUGUUUUCGAUGAUGAUAACAUAGAGCUCUUUCUGGAUGCCUACCAGGUUCAUGCGGCACGGGAGGGGUGGUCCACCUUGGAGAGGAUACGACAUCUGCGGGGAGUGGGGCGCUUUGAGGAGCCUAUCGCGCAUAUCUGGGAGGAGGCUUUGACCUGGCAGGAUGUAGAGGCGAGGAUGCAGAUGUUGAGGGCUUCGCCGUUGGGACGAGAUGGGUUGCCUAUUCGAUUGGAGGAAGGCAAUGCGGAGGAGUUCAUCCCGGCCUAUGAGCAAUUUAUGCGCGAUCAGGGAGCUAGACAGGAGGAGUGGAUGCAGACAUUGCCCCUCUGGACACGGAGGGCGGAGAGGCCACUGGCAAGGCAGAUUCGGGACAGGGCGCAUGAUUGGGAGGACUGUCAGGCGCAUGACCUACGGGGCCCGUCGCCGACACUGCCAGAGGAGAGGGAGACUGUACCACUGGGGACGCCACUCGAUAGUCUGGAGGCCCACCUCGAUGCGUCCCAAUGGAAGACUUCACAGCUGGGGGCAGGCCCAGGCGAGCCCGCACGAUAUAAGCCGGCAGAAGAACCGCCUGAGCCAGAGCCGAAAGUUGGGCCGCAUAGGCCAGAAGAGCCGCGGACUGAGGUGGUUAUUACAGUUGGGGACGAUACCCCUCUUCCUACCCCGAUCCUAGAGCAGGUACCGCAGUACUGGCCUGAGGGAAUCCCUGAGCCGGAUAGCAAGGAAGUUCUAGUACCACCACUGGAAGCUACUACGCCGCCUCCGACGCGGGCAGAGCUAGAGGGGAGGGAGGAGAGCGAGAGGGCGGGGACCUCUACUACUGUGGCACCACAGCUAGCAAAGCAUGCAGCUGAGCCCCUGGACACUGAGAUGCCGACCUCCGAGGAGCCGCCGCCAGAGUUGCCGCACGCAGAGAAAGGGGUGAAUGCAGGAGUUCGCGGGACGCAAGCGGAGAGGCCACCAAAGGAGACGGUGGUGGAGAAGUUCGCAAGAGUGCAGGUGCGUCUCGAGGAGAUAUACCAGGAAAAGAUUAGGAUGGAGGCCGCAGGGGAAGCGCCAAAGCCACCAAUCGACCCCCCGACAAGCGAGCAGAGGAUUGGUGAGGCCUGGGCUAGUUACGAGGGUAAGAGGGAUGCUACCCGUUCGAGAUCGCGAGAGGCGGGGCAGGAGGACGAGAGGGAGGAUGAGACGCGAGAGACUGGGGACCUGGGAUUUUCGGCCACCAGGACCGAGCGCACACACAGGAGAAUACGCGAGGUGGCGAUCACGUCCUUCCAGCUGUACUCCAUGCUCAGUGAUGAGUUGGCGGCCUCGAGGUUGGAGGUGGAGCAACUGUCUACCCAGCUGGCAGGAGAGAGGGCAGAGAACCCGGCGUGGAGGUCCCGCAUGGAGGCCAAGGAGGUGGAAUGGGAGACGAGACUCCAGGACAUGGCGGCAAUUGUGGAGAGGCUCUCGGCCACCAAGGUGGUCGACUGGACAGAGCAGAGCCGGUAUGGUAUCCAGGGAAAGGAAGUACAGGGACUCUUCGGUCAGGGAGGGGCGGCUGAGCCAUCUCAGCAAGAGGGAAUGGAGGAGGCGACACCUAUGGCGGUUGAGAUCCCUAUAGAGGGGCCAGCACAGAGCUCUCAGCCCCCACUAGCAGAAGGGGGCCCCACAGAGGAGUCCCCUACGAUCCUUUUGGAGGUACAGGAAGGUACCCUUACGGGGGCAGCAGCGUCCACUGAGCCUGAGGCAAUGGAGGAGGAGGCAUCUCGUUUGGAUGAGUUAGUGGCAGCUAUGGAGUUGGACAUGCCGUCAGAGGGGCCUCAGAGACACAAGACCCCGGAGCGUGUGCCAGAGAUAGGGGAGUUGAGGACACAGUUAGGCUCCUGGGCUACUGGAGCUGACUCGGAAGAGCACAUCUCAGAGCAGCAGCAGAAGGUUAUGAGCAAGCCAGUGGCUACCGUGACUCCCCAGCCUUCAGACCCGCAUAGAGGCGAGGGGACGACGGUGAUGGAGAGGGUCCGUGAGGGUAGGCCGCAGAGAUUUGACACUCCGGCGUACCGACCUGAGGGAGGCGAGAUGCGAGCGGGGCCGAGUACCCCGAUGUUGGAGGCGAGACCGACGGAAUCAUGGAGUAUGCCCCAGAGCCAUGAGGUGAGUAGGGAGGCUAGUGAGAUGUCGUCGCUACCAGAGUCCCAAAAGAAGAAGAUGAGGUGUCAGAGGAGGUAGGAUGAUCAGUGCUUCUUCUGCAAGCAUGACGUUCACAGAGCUCUUGAGUGU